AUGACUGAAGCUUUGGCGCAAAUCGGAGUAUACGAUCCUGUUAGGAGCAGUCCAUCUACUUCAACGGACACCGUUCUUCCAGCGCUCCCCUUGAAAGAAGUUACCGAAGAAGACGAUUAUGUUAAGUUCAAAAAGAUCGAACGACAACUCGAGCAUCUGGAUGUGAUUGAGGACUACAUUAAGCUUGAAACACGAAAUCUCGAGAAAGAACUCCUCCAUGCACAAGAAGAGGUCAAGCGAAUCCAAUCGGUGCCACUUGUUAUCGGACAAUUCCUUGAGGCCGUCGAUCAGGAUCACGCUAUUGUCGGCUCUACGACAGGAUCAAAUUACUUUGUGCGUGUUUUAUCAAUUCUUGAUCGGGAGCUCCUAAAGCCGGGAUGUUCUGUUGCGCUGCACAAAUACAGCAACGCCCUCGUCGAUGUACUUCCUCCUGAGGCUGACUCGAGCAUUCAAAUGUUGCGCCCCGAUGAGAAGCCUGAUGUUUCAUAUGCGGAUAUUGGUGGCCUUGACAUGCAAAAGCAGGAGAUGAGGGAAGCAGUCGAACUUCCUCUGACCCAUGGAGAGCUCUAUGCCCAGAUUGGAAUUGAUCCACCACGAGGAGUGCUGAUGUAUGGUCCACCAGGUUGCGGAAAAACCAUGUUGGCUAAGGCUGUCGCUGCACACACUUCCGCAUCUUUUAUUCGCGUUGUUGGCUCCGAGUUUGUCCAGAAAUAUCUUGGAGAAGGUCCGCGAAUGGUCCGUGAUGUUUUCCGUCUCGCAAAAGAAAAUUCGCCAUCCAUUAUCUUCAUUGAUGAAAUUGAUGCCAUUGCAACCAAGCGUUUUGAUGCUCAAACUGGUGCCGAUCGUGAAGUUCAACGUAUUCUACUCGAGCUUCUCAAUCAAAUGGAUGGCUUUGAUCAAACUACGAAUGUCAAGGUGAUUAUGGCUACAAAUCGACAGGAUACUUUGGACCCUGCUUUGUUGCGUCCUGGUCGUUUGGAUCGAAAGAUUGAAUUCCCAUUGCCCGAUCGCAGACAGAAACGUCUCGUUUUCUCGACAAUCACCUCAAAAAUGAAUCUGGCAGACGAUGUCGACCUUGAAGAUUUUGUGGCACGACCGGACAAAAUUUCCGGAGCCGAUAUCAAUGCAAUUUGUCAAGAGGCUGGAAUGCACGCGGUUCGGGAAAAUCGUUACGUCGUCCUUACGAAGGAUUUCGAUAAAGCCUACAAAAAUGUGAUUCGAAAGGAUCAAAACGACUUCGAGUUUUACAAA